AUGAUCUCCUCGCCAAGGCGAGCGCGCCUGCGACUGGGCAUCGCGAUCGGCUGCGUAUUUGCCUUUGCUUUCGUCUACAAACUCUCCUCUGAAUCUUCUUGGCAUCUCAUCAAUGACAGCUCUGGAUCGAAGGCACCAGCGAAUGCCACGCUCGGCUUCGGCGGCAUAUAUGUGGUCUCGGGAUCGGGUUCGGAGAGACUUGACAACUUGGAGCAGGCGGCUGCUGUGACCGAGCUGAAUCUAACGAUACCGACUCAAAAAGAAUGGACGGAUGCAGACGUUCUCAACUUUCGCUGGAAAAAAGCCCCCCAAAAAAGCAAAAUUGGCGCCGGCAGCAUCAAGUCAUGGCUCAGUCAUCGCCUGGUCCUGCAAGAAUUCCUCGACUCCGGGCUGGAAACGGCACUGAUCAUUGAAGACGACGUAGACUGGGAUAUCCGACUUCGCAGCCAGCAAAUCCCGCUUACGCAAAGGGCAGCCAGAGACUUGCUGGAUCCGCGCUCCAAGUCGCCGAAGAAAUAUCCCUGGGGAGAGCCGCACAGCUGGGACGUGCUGUGGCUUGGGCAUUGCGGCGAUUACUGGAAUGAAAUAGAUCUGGGCGUUGGCGUGGGACAUCACCACCCAGAGCAGUUGAACCGAAUGCCGCAUGCCAUCUGGCCGGACGAGACGGUCUCCUACUUCACCAACCUCCACCCCUACACCGCCUCGCUAUUAUCGGCACUUCGAGUGCCGGAGAAGCAUAGAGUUCUUCAUAAGUCCAUGCAGCCCCUCUGCAGCUUCGGCUACGCUGUCACGCGUACUGCCGCGGAGAAACUCCUUUCGAGCGUCGUGCCCGCGCGCGAAGAGGAUCUGCCCGAGCCACCAGCAUACGCCUACGACCAGGCCAUGAUGUUCGGGUGCUUUCAAUUGGUCAUCCGCUGCUACUCUCUCCAGCCCGAACUCUUCCACCACAUGCUUGGCGAAAGCCUGGUCGGCAAAAGCGAGGAGCACCACUGGCUGUCGCCCGUGGACGUUGCUGGGUCGGAGCAGUUGCUCUACCGGGGCGAGACGAGCAAUAUCGAUUGUGGCUUUUGGUCAGGCAAUUUCUGGUGGAAUGGCGACGAGAAGAAACUGGACUUUCUGCGUCGCGAAGUCGGGCGGAAGGGGCGAUGUCUCAAGCCUGGGCGUGACACGUGA